GCGCACGGGCCCCGGGCAGGCCAGGGCCAUGGAGAUGUGGCGCCGGUGCGCGCGUUGGCUCAUCGAGUGCCGGGUGCUGCCCGCCAGCCACCGGGUGACCUGGGAGGGCGCGCAGGUGUGCGAGCUGGCCCAGGCCCUGCGCGACGGCGUCUUGCUCUGCCAGCUGCUCAACAACCUGCUGCCCCACGCCAUCAACCUGCGAGAGGUCAACCUGCGUCCCCAGAUGUCCCAGUUCCUGUGCCUGAAGAACAUUCGGACCUUCUUGUCCACCUGCUGUGAGAAGUUUGGCCUGAAGCGGAGUGAACUGUUCGAGGCUUUUGAUCUCUUUGAUGUUCAGGAUUUCGGGAAGGUCAUCAGGACCCUGUCUGCUCUGUCCCACACCCCCAUCGCUCUGCGCAAGGGGAUCGCGCCCUUUUCCGACGAAGAUGUGGCCGACGAUGACAUCUACAGUGGACUGUCCGACCAGAUCGACGACACGGUGGAGGAGGACGAGGACUUGUACGACUGCGUGGAGAACGAGGAGGCGGAGGGCGACGAGAUUUACGAGGACCUGAUGCGCAGCGACCCGGGCCCGGGGCCGCCCAAGAUGACCGAGCACGACAAGCGGUGCUGCUGCCUGCGGGAGAUCCAGCAGACGGAGGAGAAAUACACGGACACGCUGGGCUCCAUCCAGCAGCACUUCCUCAAGCCCUUACAAAGGUUCCUUAAGCCUCAAGACAUCGAGACCAUCUUUAUCAACAUUGAGGAUCUGCUGCGGGUACACACCUACUUCGUCAGGGAGCUGAAGGAGGCGCUGGCCACCCCCGGUGCUCCUACCCUCUUCCAGGUCUUCAUCAAGUAUAAGGAGAGGUUUCUUGUCUAUGGCCGCUACUGUAGCCAGGUGGAGUCGGCCAGCAAACACUUGGACCAGGUGGCCACAGCGCGGGAGGAUGUUCAGAUGAAGCUGGAGGAAUGUUCCCAGCGGGCCAACAACGGGCGGUUCACCCUUCGGGAUCUGCUGAUGGUACCUAUGCAGCGAGUGCUCAAGUAUCACCUCUUGCUCCAGGAGCUGGUGAAGCACACGCAGGACGCCACGGAGAAGGAGAACUUGCGGCUGGCGCUGGAUGCCAUGCGGGACCUGGCGCAGUGUGUGAACGAGGUGAAGAGGGACAAUGAGACGCUGCGGCAGAUCACCAACUUCCAGCUGUCCAUCGAGAACCUGGACCAGUCUCUGGCCAACUACGGGCGUCCCAAGAUCGACGGGGAGCUCAAGAUCAUCUCGGCAGAGAGGCGCUCCAAGAUGGACAGGUACGCCUUCCUGCUGGACAAGGCUCUGCUCAUCUGUAAGCGCCGGGGGGACUCCUAUGACCUCAAGGACUUCGUGAAUCUUCACAGCUUCCAGGUUCGAGAUGACUCCUCUGGAGAGCGGGACAACAAGAAGUGGACACACAUGUUCUUCCUGAUCGAGGACCAAGGCAUCCAGGGUUAUGAGCUCUUCUUCAAGACCCGGGAACUAAAGAAGAAGUGGAUGGAGCAGUUCGAGAUGGCCAUCUCCAACAUCUACCCUGAGAAUGCUGCGGCCAAUGGACACGACUUCCAGAUGUUCUCGUUUGAGGAAACCACGUCCUGCAGAGCUUGCCAGAUGUUGCUCAGAGGAACCUUCUAUCAAGGUUAUCGUUGCCACCGCUGCCGGGCGCCUGCACACAAGGAGUGUUUGGGGAGGGUCCCUCCGUGUGGCCGGCACGGACAAGAUUUUUCAGGCACCAUUGAAGAAGGUAAGACCCAUCGCCGGCAGCAAGACAAGGAGAGGAAUAAACUGGGCUUGCCCAAGAUGGAGGUGUGUGCUGAGUACUACGGGCUGCCCCCACCGCCCGGAGCUUUCGGACCCUUCCUACGUCUCAACCCUGGAGACAUCGUGGAACUCACCAAAGCUGAGGCCGAACAGAACUGGUGGGAGGGCAGGAACACGGCUACCAAUGACGUUGGCUGGUUUCCCUGCAACAGGGUCAAGCCCUUCGUGCACGGCCCCCCUCAAGACCUGUCUGUUUACCUCUGGUAUGCUGGCCCCAUGGAGCGCGCAGGGGCAGAAAGCAUCCUCACCAACCGCUCCGACGGGACGUUCUUAGUGCGACAGAGGGUGAAAGAUGCUGCCGAAUUUGCCAUCAGCAUUAAAUAUAACGUGGAGGUCAAACACAUUAAAAUCAUGACAGCAGAAGGACUGUAUCGGAUCACAGACAAGAAGGCAUUCCGGGGGCUCAUGGAGCUGGUGGAGUUUUACCAGCAGAACUCGCUGAAGGAUUGUUUCAAGUCCCUGGAUACGUCCCUGCAGUUCCCGUUCAAGGAGCCUGAGAGAAGGGCCAUCAGCAGGCCACCAGCCGCGGGCAGCACCAAGUACUUCGGCACCGCCAAAGCUCGCUACGACUUCUGCGCCCGGGACCGGACAGAGCUGUCCCUCAAGGAGGGCGACAUCAUCAAGAUCCUGAACAAGAAGGGCCAGCAAGGCUGGUGGCGUGGCGAGAUCUAUGGGCGGAUCGGCUGGUUCCCUGCCAACUACGUGGAGGAGGAUUAUUCCGAGUACUGUUGAGCAUCUGCGGAUGGACCAAGACACCGAGACUGAGAUCAGGCCCGUGCAACGACCGGCUCGGAGGAGCAGAGCGGCCCCGCACACGGCGCGGCCUCCUGGGACAGUGCCCCCCUGCCGGGGUUAAUUUAUAACACACCCAUUUCCUCUGGGUUCCCUCA